UCCCCGGCGGCUGCCCGGAGCGCGAGGGCACGCGCGCGGUGACGUCACUCCCCGGCGCCGACACGCCCCUUGACGUCACUCCCAGGCGCCGGCCGCGCCGGGGCCGGCAGCGUGGCGGGGAGCCGUGGGCGUCCGAGAGUAAUGAUGCGGGCGUGCUGGUUGGUGAGGCAGGACAAUCGGCACCAACGAAUCAAGCUUCCACAUCUGGAAGUGAUUGUGCUUGGGCGCAGCCCCGAGACCAAGAUCACAGACAAGAAAUGCUCCCGCCAGCAAGUACAAUUGAAGGCAGAAUGUAAUAAAGGCUAUGUCAAGGUGAAGCAGGUCGGGGUCAAUCCCACCAGCAUUGACUCAGUCAUCAUUGGGAAGGACCAAGAAGUGAAGCUGCAGCCUGGCCAGGUUCUCCACCUGGUGAAUGAGCUUUACCCAUAUAUUAUAGAGUUUGAGGAAGAGUCAGCGAGCUCGGGUGCGACGACACCCAGGAAGAGAAAGAGGUCAGGCAGCAGUGAUUCUUUAGAAAGUAAUGCUGCUCCGGAGCCUGCGCCUGGGACUAGACUGGAGCCCGGGACCCACCCUAGCCAGUGCUCUGUUUCCCCAAAGAAGAGCAAAGAUGAUGCAUCUACCAAGAAGGAAUCACUGGGCCACUGGAGUCAAGGCUUGAAGGUUUCUAUGCAGGACCCAAAAAUGCAGGUUUACAAAGAUGAGCAGGUGGUGGUGAUCAAGGAUAAAUACCCCAAGGCUCGGUACCACUGGCUGGUCUUGCCGUGGGCCUCCCUUUCCAGCCUGAAGGUCGUGGGCCGGGAGCACCUGCAGCUGCUCAGACACAUGCACUCCGUGGGGGAGAAGGUGAUCGCAGACCAGGCCGGCGCCAGCAAGCUGCGCUUCCGGCUGGGCUACCAUGCCAUUCCCAGCAUGAGCCAAGUACACCUUCACGUAAUCAGCCAGGAUUUUGAUUCUCCUUGUCUUAAAAAUAAAAAGCACUGGAAUUCUUUCAAUACAGAAUACUUCCUAGAAUCACAAGCUGUGAUGGACAUGAUACAGGAGUCUGGCAGAGUGACAGUCCGAGACGGGACGCCUGAGCUCUUGAAGCUGCCCCUCCGUUGUCACGAGUGCCAGCAGCUGCUGCCUUCCAUGCCUCAUCAAGAGCAUCUCAAGAAGCACUGGUUGGAGUGAUUCUGUGGAGCGCGGGCUGCGGCACCAACUGUGGCUGGUUGUCCAGAGCUGGGCACCUGUCCUGCAUUGUGGGUGGACCUUUCAUUUAUUGAAUUAAAAUCCACAGCUUUUGGGGGCUGGAGAGCUAGUACAUCCUUGCAAGGCAAGUUAAGGCACUUGCCUUGCAUGUGGCCAAUUGUGAUUCAACCCCUGGCACCACAUGUGUUCUCCAGAGCAGCAUCAGGUAUGGCCCAAACUGCACCCCUCACCCCCAAUAAAUCAAAGCUUGUCCUGUU